AUGAGCGAGGAUAUCUUAGUCGAUUGUUGCAGUGGUCAUGGACCUGGAUACAAGACACCAAUGGAUGCCUACCUCAAUGGUAAGAGAGAAGAGAUUGUAUACCUGCCAUGUAUCUACCGCAACACUCCUCAUGAUAAAAAGCCCGACUACCUGGCCACUGUUGAUGUUGAUCCAAACUCACCUUCUUAUAGCAAGGUGAUCCAUAGACUUCCUAUGCCCUAUGUAGGAGAUGAAUUACAUCACACUGGUUGGAAUGCCUGCUCAAGUUGCUUCAAUGAUCCAUCAAAAAGUAGAUCAAAACUGAUCAUGCCAAGUCUUAAGAGUGAUCGAGUUUAUGUCAUCGAUACAAGUUCUGAACCUCGUUCACCAAAGAUUUAUCACAUCGUUGAACCAAGAGAGGUCCAUCGCGUAACAGGACUCAGUACCCCCCACACCUCUCACUGCCUCGCUAAUGGCAAGAUCAUGAUCAGUUGUCUUGGGGAUCCAAACGGAAAUGCCAGAGGAGGAUUCAUCCUGAUUGAUGGAGAGGACUUCCAUGUUGUUGGCAACUGGGAGAAGACCGCCGCCUCAUUCGGUUAUGACUUCUGGUAUCAACCUAAGCACAAUGUGAUGAUUAGCACAGAGUUUAGUGUGCCCAAGGCCUUUUUACCAGGCUUCGACCCUGCAGAUGUUGCUAAAGGUCUCUAUGGCCGUUCGCUGAAUGUGUGGGACUGGACUAACAGAACUCUCUCCCAGAGGAUUGAUCUGGGACCUGAUGGUAUGACACCACUGGAGAUCCGCUUCCUGCACGACCCAAAAGCAACUGAGGGGUUUGUAGGAUGCGCCCUGAGCUCAACUAUAUUCAGAUUCUUCAGAACAGAAGAAGGGACGUGGGAUGCAGAGAAAGUGAUAGCUGUACCUCCAAAGAAGGUAGAAGGAUGGGCACUUGCUGACAUGCCAGGUCUCAUCACAGAUAUUUUAAUAUCUCUGGAUGACAGAUUCCUGUACUUCAGUAACUGGCUCCAUGGAGAUAUUAGACAAUAUGACGUCGCCGACCGCAGACAUCCUAAGCUCGUUGGACAGGUAUGGCUAGGAGGAAGCUGUUGCAAGGACAGUACUGUAAGAGUACAACAAGAUGAGGAGCUACAGGAACAGCCAGACCCUUUGUUCUUCAAUGGAAAGCGUGUAGAAGGUGGACCUCAGAUGAUCCAACUCAGUCUUGAUGGCAAACGACUCUAUGUGUCCACUUCAAUCUACAGUGCAUGGGAUAAACAGUUCUACCCUGAUCUUGUGAAGAAAGGUUCUGUGAUGAUGCAAAUUGAUGUGAACACAGACACAGGUGGCUUGAAGUUGAACCGUAACUUCCUUGUGGACUUUGGACUUGAGCCAGAGGGUGCUGCGCUUGCUCAUGAGAUCCGCUACCCAGGAGGAGACUGCAGUUCAGAUAUAUGGCUGGAUGAGUAA